UUUGAUCUAUACCACUGUUCAAUGCUCGCUCUCUCUCUCUUUAUCUGUUGCACCAGCAAGCCCCGGCCCCCGGGCAAUAAAGCUCACGCUUUAACACAGUAGAGAGAGAAAAGUUUCAAACUUGCUGGCACCCACAUAGAGAUAGAGAGAGAAACAAAAAGUUUCGAGCUACCCCUUGGUUCAUGGGUCUCUCCGGCGGGUAUAGAGACGCUUGAUGGUAUGACUCUCCAGUCUGACCUCCUUUGCUUCUCCUCUCUCGGUGUGUAUAGUUGCUGGGCAUCAUUUUAGUGUUCAUAUGUCACUAGACAUUACUUUGUAAGUAUAGAACUUAUUGGAAGGAGAAAUGUCCGGCAAAAAAGUGCUUCUAACAUACAGGAGGAAACGGCCAUCAUCAACAAUAUGUCUUGCUCAAGAACCAGGACAAAAUGAUUCAACUUUAGAAGGAUUAGCAAUCACGCCACGUGCGAAAGAAGAAUGUGAAAACAAUUUUUGGGAAAAUCAGGGAACAAAUAUGCUGCAUGUUCAUGACAAAAGCCCAAGCCACAGCUGUCUCACAGAACAAGAUCCUUUGGCAUCUUCGCCCACUGGUACUUCUUGGAGGCUUAAGGAGGAUGACAGCACUAAUGAACCUGAUGUGCUUGUAUUGGCUGUUCAUGCAUCUAAAUCACCUUUAUCACAUAAUCCUUCAACAGAUGCAUCUGUUCAGAACUUCAAUGAAUUGUCUUCAGCAUAUACAAAGUCAAAAGGUCUGAAAAAUGGUGACCAUUCAGAGUCCUAUCCAAUAUAUCUAUCGGUAUCCAAAUCUGAUGAUGGCUGCUCAGUCUGUUGUACCGAUACCCUGUUAUUGGCUGUCGAUGCUGAAAAGGAAGACCAUUAUAGCUUAAAUUCAACAUUUCAGGAAAAGUGUGGCCUUCCAGAUGGCAAAGUUUUAUCUGUAAGAACAUCAAACUCGGAGGACAGUGGUUCACUCAUCGAGGAGAAUUCAGCUUCUGUAUCUGGCGAGUUGCAUGAGAAAAUGAAAUCACCCACUCCAUUGAUUACAUUCAAGAGAAGGCACAUAAGGAGAAAGUGUGUAGGCACUGAUGUAGAAAGCAAAUUGCUACCCGAGAAGAAAUUUUGUAAGGAGCUUCAACAAGGGACCAACUUCAUUCAUGACAUACAGUGUCUGUCUGCUGCAACAUGUCAGUGCCGCCCUGAAGAUGAGAGAACAGUGUCAAAAAUGCCUGCUGAUUUACAUAGAAUCCACAUAACUGAUCAAGUGUGUCUUCAUUCCAUUUCACACUUUUCCAUUUGUUUUAUCAGCUUUCUGAUAGAAGACGUUAAUUCAAUAUCAACUCAUUCCGGAUCUUUUCCUGGAAAAGAGAUUGUGACUGAGGGGAAACAAGUGCAAACGAAGUCUAACGGUUCCUCGCCUAGUGUUGGAUCAAUAGCUGAUGUUCACUCUGAUAAUACUUUGAAUGUCAAGGGAGACUUUCUUCUCAAGUCCUCCGAAUCUAUUGUGGUUGACAACUCCACUGCCGACGCCACAGGUAGUGGCAAACAAACUGAAGAUCCUAAAUGCCAACUGCAAUUUGAUGAGGAAUCUCAAAUAUGUUCAGUUGAUGGUAGCAAGAUUACAUCUAAACCAGACUCUGGGAGAAGAGAAUUAUUUAGUCCUUGUUUAAAUCUGUGUAUCGCACCCCCUGAUUCUCGUGCUACACGUGAAAGCAUCAAUUUGAAUGUGGAUUUUCAGAGUCAGCCAGCAAAUGGUUGGUCUAAAGCUGUUCAUGGCUCAUCUCCUUCCCCAAAUGAAUUUAAUGGCUCUCCUUCAGAUUUCGUGAAUGUCACAAAAGAGGCAGUGGGAGAAUCUCCAUUCCUCAACCAAAGACAAGUGCAUCCUGAUCCAUAUAUUGAUGAGGAACUCCAUGCCAAAUGCAAUAAUGGUUUGACUUCCAUGGGUUUGACGAUGGAAGUUUCACCAAAGAUCAAAUGCAUGCAGCUUCUUGUGGAUGGUCAAACUGAAAAAUCAUUGCGCUUGCCAAUUAAAUCCCCAGAAAUGGCUACUUUCCAUGUUGCUGAUGCAAGAGAAGAUCUCCAAUUAGGACUUGAUACUCGUUGCAUGGAUCAAACUUUUAGCAGAUCUCAGUUUGCAGGUUCAUAUUUGCCAACUGAAACUAGGAUUGGUGGAUGUGCCUAUGUAAACAGCUCCACUUCAGCGCCUUGGAGUGAUAGAGAAUUCAUGCUGCAUGCAUUUCCCCAAGUUUUGUCGAGCCAGAGAUCAGUGCUUCACAGACACAAACAGAUGCUUGAUAACAUUAUGAAUCGAGCUAAAGCUUUGGCUGGAAAAGAAAAUAUGCAAGACAAGCUUAAGCCAUAUGUUGAUAUGUGGUCAGAAGAGGAGUUGGAUGUUCUCUGGAUAGGCGUGAGAAGAUACGGAAAGAACAACUGGGAUGCCAUGCUAAGGGAUCCAAGAUUACACUUCUCACCUUGCAGGGUGGCAAGGGACCUUUCUGAUCGAUGGGAGGCGGAGCAGAUUAAACUUUUGAGUGGUCAUUGGUCACCGCAAUUCAGAACCUCAAGUUCGCAGGAUCAGCUGUUUAGUAGUUAUCUCUUUAAUCCCGGGACUCUACGAGGAAAUUUGAUGGAUGAGACCCGACUCUCACUAGGGAAUAUAUAUGCUCAUAGAAAGAAUAAGAGGCGCCGCCUGAAUUGUCCAGAUCUUGUCAACUAUGGCAUUCAGCAGCUCCAGAGUGAUUAUCCAAGAAGGAAUCUAUAUGCAGAUUUACUUGAGAAGAACUGUGAUAAAAUGUCUUUUGAGUAUAUGGAAAGAGAUGCGACGGCAAGGCUUAGCGGGGGAUUUUUUAGGGGGGUUCGAGGAGUGGAAGGUAAUUUGCCCCAUUGGUUGAGGGAAGUUGUUAAUACGCCUCCACCAAGGUUGACAGAGCGAACUCAGUCCUCAUGUCUUUCUUCCAUUUCUCCUUCCGACAAUAUACAGAUAAUUCGAUGUUAUUCAGAUUCUAGUGAACCACACUUGGGAUCGACUAACAGUGUAGGUGGUGUGUCUGACGCAUCGAGGCCAGGUAAUAUCCAGCCGUCUGGUAGUUCUGCUUUUGAAGGCAACUUCUCAUUGCAAAUGGGGCAUGAAGCAGCUGAAUUUUGCAAGGCUUCUCAGCAUCACGUUGGUAAACAAGAUGAUUUGAUUGUCAUCAACAGUGAUGCAUCUUCUGAAGAGACCAUAUCUGAUGACAACUGUGUUAGGCUGUGACAUUGCAGAUGUUUUAGUAUGAACUUGUAAAUAAUUCUAUGGUACUUGUGCUAUGCAUUUUGUCAUGGAGCAAUUUGGAAAUGCAGAAGGUGCGACUUAGAGGCUA